CAAAGCAGAACUAAGCAAAACAUAAUUCCAAAGGCCUCCUGUAUAAAAAUCCCUCUCUUUUCUAUUCUUUUGAUAAUCCAAGGAAACAAAAAAAAACCAUGUUUGAUUCACACUCAAAUAAUAAAGGGAAAGAACCUGAGAAUAACGACAGUAACUGGACUGCCAAUGUGACAGCUCCAACUGCACAGCAGCCUGCUCCUCCUCUUCCUCAGCAACUACGCAGGCAUUCAGUUACGGUAGGAGAAAUGCAUUUUCAUUCUUUUGAUAACAAGAAUCAACAUCAUCAUCACUUUAAUCACAAUGAACUCGAUCAUAUUUUGGCAUCUUUUCCUUCUUCUUGGUCAUCGACAUCUUCUUCUUCCAUGGCUUCAUCAUUUAAUCAACAACAAUCACAACGCCAUCCUUCUAUUUUUGAUAACACAACAAUGGCAGUAUCACCAACGCCCGCCUUCUUUUCGCCCAGUUUUUUAGAUGCCUUAAAACACGAAGAUAACAAUCCGUUUCAAUCCUUUCCACCCAUUGCUACUGCUGAUGUUACUGCAACCAACAACAUUAUUACUACAACAGCUCCUCCUACUGCUACUGCUAGGAACACAAUUAAUCCCAAUGAAGAUCUUCUGUUACAAGAUUUCAUUAUACCAACCACUGCUACUACUGCUCCUACUAUGACUACUACAACUGCUACUGCUGCUAGUGGUAGUAUAUCAGUUUCAUUACCACCGUUGCAGCCGACUUUCUAUACUUCAUUCUAUCAUCCAUCGAUACCAGAAGAGGAGGUGGUAAUUAAGAAUGAUGAAGAAGAUGGAUUCGACUCAGUCAAUGCAAUUACUACUAAUUCUACUUCAACUUUUCCAAUAACUCCACCUGCGACGAAUGAAGAUUUAAAACCUUCAAUACGGCAUUAUCUGUCCACUUUUGAAAACGAAAGAAAAAUAACUAUACUGACCAGUAAAGUAGCACAAAAAAGUUAUGGUACCGAGAAAAGGUUUCUUUGCCCCCCUCCUCUAACUGUUUUGAGUGGUUCUUUACCUUGGUUUAUACAUGGUAAAGAGCCUAAAGUACAAGUACAAAUCAAAGGCGAAAAUCAAUCUGUCCAAAAUGGCAAUAUAGAGUGGCAGCCAUCCGAAGAAUCAGACAAUAAAAUGAAAAUGACGGGCGCAUGCGUAGCAAAGCAUUUACAUAUAAAUGACUCUACUGUCAAUAGCAGUAGCAAUCAUAAUGUUACUGGUGGAAACGAUGAAGAUAAAAGAAAGAGAGUGCAGAUACAAGUUAAUAUUCAGCUGGGUGGUACUGAAGAUGAGCAAGAUAUGGGAAUAAGUAGGGAUUUAGGUACCUUUUAUUCUAAGGGUAUCAAAGUGAUUAGUAAGCCGUCAAAAAAGAGACAGAGUGUAAAGAAUAUGGAAUUAUGCAUUCAUCAUGGAAGUCUUAUAUCUCUGUUCAAUCGCAUCAGAUCGCAAACUGUUUCCACUAAAUACUUGGGUGUUUCUGUUGAGUCUGAGAGUAAUACAGACAAUCCAAACAACACUUGCUUCAUCGCAAGAACCAAUAAAUGGGACCCAUUUGUCAUUUGGCUUGUUGACUUGUCUCGUUCAACGUCAAGUGAUAGCAACUCACCAACUCAAGCAAGUACUUCCGGCCAUCGUAAUUUCCCUCCACCGCCCGCUAUUGCAUUACAACAACGUGAAGGUCAAGAUUCAAUUGCAAUACAUUACAAUCAACCUGUUGUACUACAGUGCCUAAAUACAGGUUUAGUAUCCCCCAUCAUGGUCAUACGCAAAGUGGAUAAAGGGAGCCAAGUAUUAGGUGGAAACCAAGUCUUGGGUAAUGUGCUUAAUGAAAAUGGACCUGUUGGUGGUGGCGAAUGUGGUGAUGAAGCCUUGGGUGAUCCUGUAUCUCAACUACAUAAAAUUGCUUUUCAAAUUGUUACUGAUCCAUCACUGGCUACUCAAUACGCUUAUCAAUAUUACAGUCAAGAACUACCACUACAAUCGUCUCCGAAUGAAUGGAAAUUACCUCAUUUGACAGAACCACAGUCUACUUAUUUAGCUUGUUUAGAAGAUGUUGUCGGUAUGCAUAAAACUACUUCUGAGCGAUAUUUCCUUACAACACUACAACAACAACAACAGCAGUAUUUAAUCAAUCAACAAGAAAAAGAGCAAGCCUCAAUACAUCGUAUGGCAGCUGCGGCAACAUCGAAUAGUAAUAAUAACAGCGGUGCUAGUGGACGUAGAAGACGUGUAUCCUGCGAUAUUACGACUGGAAAUAACAGUAGCUCGAGCGGUGCUGGAAUUUCUAUGAACAGUACUACUUCUUUACAGUAUCAUCAUCAUCCCUACGAUCACUAUAGAAGACGUGUUAACUCAUUAAACGAUGGAACUUUGUUAUCAAAUUCAGGGUCGGUGAACAACUUUAUCUCAAAUGGUGGUAUAAGUAGAGGCGCUGGUCGUCAAUAUCAUCGACGUAAUAGUACAGCAUCAACUACUCCCAGUGGCACUGCUUCAGCUACUUCAGCAACUGCAACUGAUAAAAGUCAUUUGAAUAAUGGUGCUUGUUGGACCGAAGAUGUAUCUGAUGCCUCUAUUUGGACGAUUGUUGGUACAGACUAUAUUACCUACAAGUUUUGCUUACCCAGAAGCAGUACUAUGGCAAUCGAUCCUAUAUGUUGUGCACCAUUCCCCAUACUCACUUCCUUUACUUGUGCAAUUAUCGAAAAUAACAACAGCGGUGCCAAUGAGAGCGUCAAAAAACAUCUUAUAACGCUACAUGGUGAAAACUUCACAAAAGAUUUAGCAAUAUGGUUCGGGGAUAUUCAAUCACCUUCUAUUGAAUACAAGUCUAAAGAAACCAUUAUUUGUACGAUACCUUCUAUACAAGAAUUGAAGUAUAGCUCAACUUGCAUUCAGGAUAACGAUAACCAUAAGAUUCCAUUACUAUUUAUACGUAACAGUAUCAUUUAUAACACAGAUCAAUAUUAUUAUUUCCAGUAAAAAAUGCGAUUGAAAUACACACUUUAUACAUACUUUUGAUGUAGGACAAAGCUGUUGUGCAUAGCGGCCGUAUUGUGUCUCUAUUACUGAGCAUCGGUUCUUAUGCUAACCAUCUUCUUGUUUUUCUUAUACGAGCCAUUACUAUUCAGUUUUUGAACAUCUUUCGUCUAAGGAUAUAGUAUGGCAUACUAUCAAGCUAUACACUUGUUAUUGCAGUUUACAAGCUGCCAGGUAAGGGGAAGCAGUCCACUAGAUUUUUUUUUUCUCUUUUUCCCUUUUUUUAGCAGAAAAAAAAAAUUGUUUUUUUUCAACUUCUUUUUUUUUUC